ACACCUCAUGGGAUACCGGUUAUCCAAUUCAAUUCAAUGAUGCCCAAUAACUCCUACUUGAAUCAAUCCAAUGAAAAUAGAAAAUUCUUAUCUUAAUCUUAUUAAGAAAGAUAUAACUCAUGAAUCUUAUAUAGAAUCAAAAUGUCUUAUGAUGACGUUGGGCCUUUGAUAGCCAACGACGUUCUUUCUUAUAGUGGUGUGUAGUUAGCAGUAUGUACGUUGGUGUGGGUUCGUAUUCGUUACGAAGCCAACAACAAGGUGUUGGGCCAAACAAGCUCAAUAAGCUUAUCCUGUUGUUGCGGUUGGUUCGGCGUUGAGCCGCAACCGCUUGUUGAUUGACUUUAUAUAAUUAUAAUGUAUAGGUUACUUAACAUAUUAACUCCCCGCCCGACCGCAUUCCACCAAGCACCUGCGGCUGACGAUUGCUGUAAAGAGCCGUAUACGACUACUGAUGAAACCGUAUAGCGAAGCACCUAACGCGUUUAUCAUAUAUCGCGGUCUAUCGAGAUUUUGUUGGUGUUCAGUGUACCGUACUGUAUCGAAAAGAAUGCGCAUUGCAUUCUAUUCUCCCAUCAGACGUUUGUGGGAAAAACCCACGCACGCUCGGGCAAGUCUCUCUAUUGGUUGGAGAGCAGAACUGUCAAAGAAUGCACCAAACCACAUGAUUGUUCUGGAAUGGCUCCUCACUAUCGUCGCUCCUUGUGAUGCUGCGGAACCAUGGCAAUUAGGAUCUCAAGACGCAGCAACACCUAUGAUGCAAGGAAUUAUUGACUUGCAUCACGAUAUCCUGUUCUUCCUCAUUCUGAUUUUGGUUUUCGUAUCACGGAUGUUGGUUCGCGUUUUAUGGCAUUUCUACUAUGAAUUUCAUCCUUUCCCGCAAAGGAUUGUUCAUGGAACUACUAUCGAGAUUAUUCGGACCAUAUUUCCUAGUAUCAUCCCGAUGUUCAUUGCUAUACCAUCAUUUGCUCUGUUAUACUCAAUGGACGAGGUAGUAGUAGAUCCAGCCAUUACUAUCAAAGCUAUUGGACAUCAAUGGUAUCGGACUUAUGAGUAUUCGGACUAUAACAGUUCCGAUGAACAGUCACUCACUUUUGACAGUUAUACGAUUCCAGAAGAUGAUCCAGAAUUGGGUCAAUCACGUUUAUUAGAAGUGGACAAUAGAGUGGUUGUACCAGCCAAAACUCAUCUACGUAUGAUUGUAACACCUGCUGAUGUACUUCAUAGUUGGGCUGUACCUUCCUCAGGUGUCAAAUGUGAUGCUGUACCUGGUCGUUCAAAUCAGACCUCCAUUUCGGUAAAACGAGAAGGAGUUUACUAUGGUCAGUGCAGUGAGAUUCGUGGAACUAAUCAUGCCUCUACGCGUGCGCCCGGAUACAUAGGCCGACUGCUGAGCCCACUCUGGCUCAGCCGCACCACCCGGGGUGCGAGCCACCCGAGAAGCAAGCUAUUACAGCGAGCGGCUGGAGCAGUAGGGAGCCGAGGAGCAAGGCAGUAGAUAAGAUAGAAGAAGGGGCCAGGCUCCCGGUGGAGCAGAGGAGACGGUUAGGAUAACGAACUUGAAACGCGGAGCCCGAGCGGCCGGCGAGCGAGUGGUUAGUGGCCAAUAGCGCCCUAGUUGAUGGCAUUCCUCUCUGCGGCUGGCACUCGAGGAACCACGGGGCACUCCAUACAGAGCAAGCAAGUCUUAGGGAUGAGACGCCCGCGCAAGGACCUCAAUUCUCAUUAGGAGGUCGAACCAAGGACCUAUGGAAGUCGGGGCUACCCCGUCCCCAUGGCAACGCAACAGUGUCCUGAGGGAGGAGUUUAGAGGCCUUAUAGUAGCACGGACCUCUUUUUCUUUCUAGGUCAUGCGAAGGGGGCCAGUCCAAGAUCGUACUGUUCCUCUACAAAGACAACAGACGCUCUCAACGGCUAGGCGCCACUCUCUUUCUGAGUUAUUCCAGCUUCUUCAUGAUUUCGUGCCGCGGUGAACGAACAAAACAAAAAAGAGGGCCGUCUCCGCGGAAGGAGAAGGACCUGCAACGGCAGAGACUACUGACCCUCUUCUUGUUUGUUCCUAGCCGUCUGUUACGAGUCCGGGAAGCCUGGAAUCAUCAAUAUGAGGGAUCCCUCAAAAUAGAGAAGGGCGGACAGGGCUUCCGCAAGAGCCUCCCCCCUCUUCCCGGUCAAGAUAGAUGGGAAGGAGACGGACAUAACCAGCCUCUUUAUUUAUGUACGUACACCUUUGUUUCAGGGUGGGGCCGCCCUCCCUCCUGCUAAUCCGGCCAUUUCCGAACCUGCCUUUCCCACCCCAUUCAAUUCAAUAGAGGACUUAUCCAUUCUUGCGAUUCCCAGCCCUACGGUACGGCUAAAUAGGCUCAAUGAUCUCUUUCUUC